GAAUCUUCUUCCUCUUCAUUCACGUUAUUCUCCUUUUACUUCAUGAAUAAUACUUAGCACAUUCUUCGUCUUGUUCUUUUAAUCAUUUCUCGGACAUUGAUCACAUUUUUCACUUCCUUUUUCAUUUGAGUCUCUGGUUUUUCGCGUGCAACUACUCGUUUUUACAAAGCAGAGCCGCUUGAUUGAAUCUACUGAAAAAUAUAUACAUAGUGCAUCCAUUGCCCGUCUUGUUGGAUCAGACUCUGCGUGUAAUGUUAUUCAUUCAAUUUUUGAGUUUUGAGCUGAAGAUAUGCAGAUCUGAAAUGUGAUUUCAGAUUCUAGUUUUUGUGUUUUGAGGGGAAAUUAGGUAAUUUGGUGAGAAAUGGAAGCUGCGAAUUUGACUGGAUUGAGUCCGAGAUUGAAAUCAGUUUCAUUGGAGAGAGAUAAAAAUGAUGAUCCAGAUUUUGAAGAUUCCGAAUUGGAGGAAGAUAGGCAUUUUCAUUCUAUGGAUGCGUUGGAGAUUUUGAAGGAAACUGUAACGAUUCUUCGGUAUAAUCCUAUCGGUUUUUUGUCAAUUGCUGCAUUGUUAAUUUGCCCUGUUUCUGCUGUUCUGUUAUCUAAUGUCUUAGUUGAUCAGUACGUUGUGAAGAAAUUAAUGAUAAGAUUGUUGUUUUUGGCUAAAUCGAGUGGGCUUCCACUUAAGCCUUUUAUCAAUCAGUCGUGUCAAAAGUUCUCUGAAAUGGUGAUUUCAGCUGUUAUGUGUUUUCCGUUAUAUGUUAGUUUGUUGCUUUUGUCUAAAGCUGCUAUAGUGUACUCUGUUGAUUGUACUUACUCGAGGAAGAAUUUCGAUUCUAAAAAGUUUUAUAUCAUUGUCACCAAGAUUUGGAAACGUAUCGUGGUGACUUAUAUGUGGGUGUGUAUGGUGAUUACUGGUUGUCUCGUGUUGUUUCUUGUACUUCUCGUGGCUGUCAGCAGUGCCUUCUCUGUAAUGGGGUUCCCUCCAGACUUAAUUUUGUACCCCGCGAUGAUAGUUGGGAUUAUAUUCUCUAUAAUUUUAGCAAAUGCUAUGAUAAUUUGCAAUAUUGCUAUUGUGAUAUCUGUUUUGGAGGAUGACUCUGGACCGGAGGCGUUGCUGAGGUCUAGUUCCCUCAUCAAGGGGCAGACACAAGUUGGGCUAUUGAUAUUUCUGGGAUCGACUAUUGGGAUGACAUUUGUGGAGGGAUUGUUUGAGCAUAGAGUGAAGAUAAUAAGCUAUGAAGAUGGAUCUUCAAGAAUAUGGGAAGGGCCUCUUCUGGUAAUAUUAUACUCUUUUGUGAUGCUUAUUGACUCCAUGAUGAGUACUGUUUUUUACUUCAGCUGUAAAUCAUAUAGAAUGGAAGCCUCAAAUGAAGAAAGUUUGCCUGUAUUAGAAGCCUUGACGAUCUCUUCAGCAUUAGCAGAAGUCCAAUAACAACAAGUUUGAAAGUAUGUCUUGUAAAG